GUGCACUUUCUCUAUGGUCUGUUUUUGUUUUGGUUAUUUCACCUGCCAGUGUGUUUCCUGCCUCUGGAUCCACCUUAGGUAACAGGAAGCUGUUCAAGUUCCUCCUUGCACCAACCGAGCUCCGUGCUGAUUGCUUGAAACAUGGAUCAGCAUGGUGUGUGCUCCCUGCUCCUCCUGCUUUUACUCCUGCGUUCAAAAGGUGUGGCUGAAGAUGAAAAAUACUUCCACAUUCUGAAGACCUGUCAGUUCAUAGAGAAGAGCUCACCGUCUGAUGUUCACUAUCAGGUUCAGUACUGGUACAACGGACUCCUCCAGGCGUUUUACAACAGCUCUACAGAGAAGGUGGUCGGAUUCACGCAUUAUGGCAAAGUGUUUGCAGAUGAGGUUAAUAAAAGUCCCGACUACCUUAAAGUUCGAAGAAAUGAUCUCAACUACUACUGCAAAGUCCUUGGUGCUGUGCUGUACAAGAAUAUUCAAGUCAAAGCAGUGCCUCCUGUCUCCAGGCUGAAGUCAGUGACGUCUAACAGCAGUGAAGACUCUGAGGUUCUGGUCUGCAGUGCCUACAACUUUUACCCACAGCAGAUCCGGCUGUCCUGGCUGAGGGAUGGCGUGGUCAUACCUGACCCCCCAGGCAUGAUGAUCACAGAGAUGCCUGGGGGAGAAUGGCGCUAUCAGAUUCACUCCUACCUGCAACGCAAACUGAAUGCAGGACGAAACAUCACCUGCAGGAUUGAACAUAGGGGACUUCAGGAGCCUCAGCUGCUGAAAUUAGAGCGGUCUGAAGUGCAGUCAAACAGCGUGACGCUGGCGUGGGAAGGAGCCAUCCUCGCAACGGGGCUGUUUGUCCUGCUCGCCUCUGUAGUAUUUCAUUGCAGAAAGACUCGGUGAGCAGAAAACAACACGUGCAUCCUGACACUGAUGUCAGAGGAAAUCGGUGCAUGUAGUCACUGUGUAGUCAGUGAUUUUGUACAUUCAAAACUCA